AUGCGUCAUUCGGAACCUCAAAUCAAGGCCGUGAACACAUCAUCUACAACCCGCCGUCCAGCGCUCCCUCCGUCUAUCACACGCCAAACAAGUUCUUGCCUGCCAAUGAUGCUCGAAGAAAAAAUCCAGAUUGCGAGCUCUCAGACCCAUGAUCCGAGCAAUCUUCCAACUGUAUACAAGAACAACGAACCAAACAAGUACCACCUCACCCCUGCUGAUAUCGAAGAAAUUCGGAAACUCCGCUUGAGUGAUCCAAUGACAUGGAGCCGAUACAAAUUGGCCAAGCGCUUUGAUUGUUCUGCCCUUUUUAUCGCUAUGGUCUGCGAGGCCAGCCCGGAGAAGAAAGAAAUUCAGAAGCAAGUCUUGGAAGCCGUACAGUCACGAUGGGGACCGAAGCGCAGGAUGGCUCGUGAGGAUCGCCAGCUUCGCCGUGAGGCUUGGGGCCGAGACGAGUAG